CGAUGACAACAAUAAAAAAGAAACCAACAGCAUUUUGCUAUUCUGCGUUUCUCCCGUGGAAAACCUUCCCUAAGUUACCGCCGGGUAUCGAUGGCAGGGAGGGAUACGCGACGAGGAGAACGAACUGGGGGGAUGAACGAGAAAUCCCCGCCUCCAAGUAGAACCCGCCCUGCGCUUUGAGGGUGCUUGACAAGCGAAACUGCUCGAGGUAGGGAACACUAGCCGUCAAGUGCUCGUCGAGGACACUCAAAAACUACAAGGAGAGUCCUUCAGCUUACUCCGAAAAGGAAUCGGUAGCCUGCUUUUCGUGCCGCUCGGACCCGAGUCGCCUUUCGUGCAACCCAUUGAUAAUUAUUUGUGAAAGUGACCGAUAGUUACGACUGUCUCGAGAAAACGGCACGAGUAUCAGUGAUUUGAUUAAUUGGACUAGUUUAUUCGUGUGCUAGACUUUUGUUGCGCGUAUUCGAACUGUCAUUGUGUGAAACGUCAUAGUUAUUUAUGGUAAAAUAAAGACCUACGACAGUGUUGUGUGACAAAGGUAGAAGAAAGUGAAAAAGAAAGAAGAAUCUCGAAAGUAUCAUGGGCAGUGGCAAUCACGGAAAAAUUGAAAAAACAAGAAAGAUUUUUGAAGAAGUUACUCAAGCCGAUAGAAAUGAAGAAGUAUAAAUAAAGAUACAAAUACAAAAAGAUAAUACACCGUCGAUAAUGUGCCGUUAAUUUUCUUCAAGUAAAAACAAAUAAAUUGUAGAUUAAAAAUCUAUACACGUGGUGAAAGACAGAAAAGAGAAAUUUCAUCAGUUUCUAUCUGUAUUAUUCAAGGCGAAUGAAGACAAAAGAAGAACAAUGAAAUAAAAGAAGAAAAGAAGACAGAAAGGAGAUAUCCUCUAAAUUGUUAAGAAAGAAGAAUUUCAACAUUUAAUAUUAUUGAUCAAGCGAGAGAAGAAAACAAAAGUUAUAGACAGAAAUCAAAAUACGUGAUGAAUUAAGAGAGAUUUUUUAAAUUUGAAGAUGUGCCAUCGUUAAAGGCGAAUGUAAUGAUGUAUUGAUGCCAAUAAGAACGAAUCGAAAUCUUUGAAAUCUUCUCAAAAUGGCAGAUAAGAAUAAGCUUUUACCCUGGCCGUUACUACCGUAUCCGGCUAGUCUUUUGAAUCACGUCUGGUACAGUCAACUCGCAUUAAACACUAGGCUAUUGGAAAGUAUGAAAAUGCCGGCUAGAACUUCUGGUUUUGCAAUCAGCGACAUUUUGGAGCUAAACGAUGCUAAGCCGUCGCAAGAAGAACCAGAUGUGCAAGGUGCCACGACGGUUUUACCAACGGCCAACGACGUGCCGUCGGCUUACCAGCAAUUUCUCGAGCAUACAACCGCCAUGUUGCAACCUAUGCACGCUAAUCUGAACAGGGGUACGCUACCACCGCCUCCACCUGGAUUAUUAUGGCCAACUGGACCGGCACUACCGACAGCAUUACCUCAACCCUUAGAGGAAGUGAAUGUUCUCCAACAACCGGACUCGACGAGCCCGGCGAUCUCGGACAUGUCGUUCCCAUCGCAGCAGGAGAACAGUCACGAGUCGUCGAAGGACGAAGAAUCGCAGGACUUCGAAGACGAACAACAAACCGGUAACGAGACGACGCAGCCCCACGAGACCGAGCACAAGAAGCGCAAGCGACGCGUGCUGUUCUCCAAGGCACAGACCUACGAGCUGGAGCGACGUUUCCGUCAGCAACGUUAUCUGAGCGCGCCCGAGCGAGAGCAUUUGGCCUCCAUCAUUCGCCUCACGCCGACCCAAGUGAAGAUCUGGUUCCAGAAUCACAGGUACAAGACGAAGAGGGCGGCGAGCGAGCGCGUCGAGGCCAGCGGCAGCGGCUGCUCGCCCAGAAGGGUCGCCGUUCCGGUGCUAGUCAGAGACGGAAAACCCUGCCAAUCCAAGUUGAUAGAGCCUACUGCCUAUCCCGGAAGCGGUCAGGUCCCUAUGGCGCCAUACAUGCAGAAAUAUUGGUGGUAAGAUGACUAGUCUAGCUGAUUAGAAUGAAACGAUCCGGGGCGAUGGUGAUUCACGCUGAUCACAAUUAUUACGCGAAUCGAUGGCAAUUCCCGUAUCGAUGAAGACACGAUUUUUGUAUUACACUUCUGUCGCGACAAAAAAUGGUAAAGAUACAAAGAAUAGAUGAAGAAGAAAUUCAAGAUGGAAGGCAUGGGUGAUCUUAUGGCAGUGAUGUUGAAUAUGUUAAGGUGUUCGAAGAUUCGUGAUGAUUUGCGAUAGCGAUAUAACGAUUAUGAUUUCGGUAUAAUCGACGGUGUCAACAGAGGAAUGAAAGAUAAACUGGUUAACAAGUAUUAGUUGGAAAUGGUUGGCAAAGAAAUUUUGAGACACUUUUCUUACAUUCGACUUGUAGUGUAAAAUUGGUACAUAUCUAAUCAGACCCUUGAUGCAAUGAAUAAAAUUACAGACAUAGAUAUGUGAUAAGAUAAAAAGCUAAAUCUCUGAGUUUGAAAACAUGUUAACUAUCGUGUGUAUUUCAAGACGCGCGUACACACAAUCGGACCUCUCAAAGUAAAAUUGGGUGAAAUACGACGUUUUACGAAACACGUUUUACGAGUGUUUAACACGCGCGUCCAACGAACCCGAAGCAGAACUAAAAUUGGUCAGUACAUUUCUAGAAAAAUAUCUCGGCAAAGUUGAAUGAAGUUAAGAAUAUCGAUUUUUCUUAUCUAACUCUUUCAUCCAAUAUGUCAUUUAUCUAAUAUCUUUGAACUUUUUCAUAAUUCUAAAUUGUGAGAAUUAAAACGAAAUUGCAAUUUCGAAAAUUCGAUUAGAAAUUGGAAUAAUUAUGAUGGGUGAAUAUAUCUCGUACAUAAAAUAUGGCAAAGAAACUAUGAAUUAAUUAAUAUAUGUCGAGAUAUAUGUCUUGAAAAAUAUCAGUAAUAUCACAAUGGGACUAUAAUGGUCCUCAAGACGAGCGAAUAUCGUGACAUAUUAGUCAUUAACGUAGAACGUAAUACGUAGCUUCAAUACGUAUGCACGGUCGUUUACGCUGAAAGACGAAAUGUUGAUAUUGAAAAUUCGAAAAUUGACAAAACUUUAUCGUUAAAGAUACAAGUAAAUGCGAAAGAUUUAACGUCGCAACGCAAAGUAGUUUAACGAAGUAACAGAUAAUUAAAAAACACAACUUGUAAUUUCGCGAGUUCAUAAUUUCUUCAACCGAAGAUAAUUGAGAUCCAGAGGACUGCGAUUACUUGAAAGUUUUUACGGCAAGUGUUGAUAUUUAUAAAGAAUUUAGACGCAGUAAUAUUGUCAGAAACCAAAGAUCGUUUUCACGUCUAAUGAGUUAGGUUUGACGUGAAUAGGUAAAUAAUUAUAAAUAUAAGAAAACGCGUAGAGAAAUUUCAUUAGACGAUAUCGGUGUCGCGUUCUUACGAAAUAGAAUAUUUGUACAAACUGUUACGCAUUAUGAUGACUCACGUAUGUAGAUUUCAAAUUAGUCCUUAAAGCGUGUGUCACAAGAAGGGAUAUCUCGUAAGCGCAAGGAGUUUCAAAUUAAUCAUAAAAUCCAUAACGUCUAACUUGAUACCGCAUAACUAAACAUUAAAGCGCACUUAACGACUCUUUCGGAAUGAUAGUAAAUCGCACGAAAAUGGAUUACUACCACGACAGAAAGAGGUCGAAUUCGUGGCUUAAUUGCGAUUCGCUAAUUCGAUCAUCGGAAAAAUUUUUAUGAUAUAGGCAUUUCUUCACACACGAUUCACACACAUAACUAAUGUAAACUGUGCACGUUUUUUCUUCAUGUCGUCAAAGCAUUCGCCAUAUAUGGUAUUUGAUAGAUUUCCAAGAUAGAAUUCUAUACUUGCAAAAUAGUUACAUAAUUUUGUGGCUCUAUACUCUGAUAUUUUUCAAUUUUCGUAAUAGAUUUCCGUGGAAAAAAAGGUCAGUUUGGGAAUAUGAUUAACGAGUACGCAAUUUUCAUAGCGUACAACUGAAUAUCUCUGUCGGAAAAAAUUCGGCUUUGUUAAUGAUUUCGUUACAUAUAUAUACGUACUUGAAAAGUAUUAAAAAUUUAAUUAGAACUUGAGGAAAGGAGAACUUGCUAGGAGAGCAAAAUUUUGUUGAUAUUAGAAUAAACUUUAAAUCGUUAUUUUAAAUUUAAAAUAUUUGAAUUCGUCUGUACUAUACUAAUAUAACAACGUUUCACGAUUAUUAUAAUACUACAAUAAUCAGAGAAUUAUAUACGAGGAUAUAUUAUAUAUCCUAACAUUGCGAGUAAUCGCAAGAAUAUCCCAAUGUUUCGUCCUUACUUAAUUAAUUAGUUAUAUGUAAGUUGUAUAUAUGUACAUUGUGUAUAAUAUAUAGUAAACUAAUAUAU